AUGGUUCUAAAUUCAACCCAGCAAAGAGCUGCAGAUACAUCCUAAAAAGAAAUAAUAACGCACUUACAGGAGUUUAUUGGAUACAGCUUACGCCUGUGAAAUUGUUUCAAGUUUACUGUGACAUGGAAACUAACGGGGGCGGUUGGACGUUGGUUUAUAGCUACACAUUUACAAAUUACGGAGCUUUCACAUCAGGUAGCAAUGCUGUAACACCCCGUCCAAGUUGGCCAGCUAGUAGGGCAAAUGUUCCAAUUUCUACGACUCCUCCUCUUAACGAGUCAUCACGCGGGGCUGUAGACUGGAAUCUUUGGAAAAGAAUUGGGCAAGAAGUCAUGGUUAAAUCGAAUAUCAAUGAUUGGAUCAUUUGCAAACCAAACGUUGGAAGUUUGGUGAUAAAGAAAUCAGGAUCAAUGAAUUGCCAAAAUAUAAAGAAUGUGGCGACUGCUUGCAAUGGUGUUGCACCAACAAGAGUUUGGUGGGGAUCCGUCGGCCCAGACUUCAGUGGUCCCAAUACUUAUUAUUGGUUUGAUGGAUACACUAGAAGCAACUGGCCUGUACACAGCCCAUGUAGUGGCAUAAACGGCGUUGACGAUCACAAGAAAGGCGUUUCUAACCCUGGAGGACAAAUCUAUCUUCGUUAAUGUUUGUUUUUUGCAUUAAAAGGUACUUUGUAUACUAAAAUUAUAUAAAAUUAGUAAAACAUAGCUACAAAGGCCCUUUUGGAUUGUUGUAUUUUUAAUUGUUCUUGUAAACAUAUUUACUGCAAGGUCCCAAAAGAGAAAUGGAAAAUAAUACACUUUUAUUGAGGACAUAAAUCGCCAAUGGAUUUCCAUUGUAAACUAUUGAACU